AUGAGGGUUGGUUCACGACUUCUCGCGGAAACCUACAAGCAGUUUUAUGUUUGCAUGUAUUUUAAUUAUGCGAGACCUUUUAUAUCUAGAUCUUUUCAGCUUUUCUAUCACGACACUGUAAGUUAUGACGAUGCGUCUGAUUACUGUUACAACGAUCACGAAGCGUUCCUGACUGGACCAGACAGUACGGACGAGUACAACUACAUUAUCGACCAGGCCUAUGAUCAAUCUGACGUUGUGGACGGUUUAGCAAGCGGCCCAUAUGAUCAGGCACUCAUUAUCAUCGGAGCCAAACGAACAUCUGAAUGCACAACAGACUCUGGAACAAUUGCUGAGUGCCAGCUUCCGAGGGUAUGCUUAUCAGAAAAUCUAUUUGCAAAAUAUGUUUUCAGGGUUUUAUCUGGCAAGACGGGUUGGGUGACUCUUCGAACACACUCUUCAACCAGUACUUCAACCCGAACGGUGUUGAAACUUCAGCUGCAAAUGUCCGUUCCUGUGCUGGAAUCAUGGUCUACCGAAACGAAUCGUACAAGUCAAACGAUCUCGUGUAUUCCGUCAGUUGUUCCGAUGGAACAAGUAGCAGCGGAACCCAGUCGAGGAUGGUGGUGUGCGGAAAACGAGGGCAGUGUGCUCCGCCCACGCCUACGACCGUGUCUUCCACCACAGUGGCCACAAGUGUUCCAUCUUCGACGUCCCUCGCCACAACAACUUCAGCGCUAUCGUCAACGACGGAUUGUCCAGUGAAAGUGUGCAGAGACGGAUGGUAUCAAACAACGAGAAAUGGAGAAGUUUGGUGCCUCCACUUGUUCUUCAAAUGGACGAAAUACUACGAAGAAGCUAGUGAUUAUUGUGUGGACAGCUGGAAUUCGGUACUUUCUGGACCCGACAGUCAAACCGAUUACAACUACGUCAUGAGUUUGUUUGGCUGUUCAUUUAAACAAUUCAUCAUCUCAUUCAGGUCAAAUGACUGCCCAGCAGGAUGUCAUAGAAGGAUUUGAACGCGGCCAAUACGAAAAGGUUUUCCUUGUUCUCGGAGCACAGCGAACACCGAAUUGCACGACAGAUCCGGGCCUGAAUCCUCAAUGCCAGCUUCCAAAUGUAAGUGACUCUAUAAAAAGCACAGUUUUAUUAUAAAUUUAGGGUUAUCAAUGGCUUGACGGUGUCACUGGAUCCUCUAAUGCUCUCUUCAACCUUUAUUACAACUCAGGUGGUCCUACAACGUAAACUUUUUUCUAUCCGAGUAUGCCAGAGCUAAAGCUGACAUGUUACAGAUCCGAAGAUGAUCCACAGGCUUGUGUUGGAAUCUUAGUCUACACAGAUCCUUCGAGAGUUUCCGAAAAUUUGGUCUACUCUUUCAAGUGAGUCGCACUUGUUUUUCUAAUUGAAAAGUUAUGCCUUCUUCUAGCUGUGAUGAGGUCACGACGGCCGACGGAACUGUGAAGAAGUUGGUUGUAUGCGGUCAGCCGGGAAUCUGCCCAGAUUCCGACGGGAGCCUUUCAUCUACUACUGUGAAGUCUAGUACAGCAAGUUCCACAAUCAUCUCCUCCACUUACCAGUCAACAUCAGUAUCUUCAACUGUUUCGACGAGAGCUUCCACGACGAUUUCCUCCACGGUGACCACAAGAGCACCAACAACCAUCGGAUCUUCGUCAACCGUCACUCAAAGUUCAACGACAGUUGGUUCAGGGUCAUCCACAACUACCACUAUAUCUGCAGUUUGCUCAGGAGACUGUUACCCAGGAUGGUUCAAGACGGCUAGAGGAGGACAGACUCUCUGCAUCAGGGUGCGUCUUAAUCAAGUUCACUAAAAUUACUUCCAUUUAUUAAUUUCAGUUGUUUUAUCAUGACACGAGCAAUUACACAGAUGCAAGUGACUACUGUGAGAACGAACAGAAUGGAUUCCUGACCGGACCGGAAACCAAUCCGGAGUACGAUGAGAUCAUCCGGCAGGCGUACAACUACAGUGACGUGCUGACCGGAAUGGCUCCUUACACGGAAGGAAUGAUGAUGAUUGGACUGAUGAGAACUGCCGAGUGCUUCACGGAUAGUGGAUCCGUUCCUGAGUGCCAGUUGCCAAGAGUGAGUAGAAUGAGCGAGCAAAAUGAAUAAAGCCCACCGUUCAGGGAUUCGAAUGGAAAGAUGGACUGGGAGGAACUUCCAACACACUUGUCAACUCGCACAUGGGAACUAGAGGUGUGGAGACGUAAGUUGCAGCACAACUAGCAAUAUUUGAUAUACAAAAUGGUUUGGUUCAGAUCUACCACUACAGUUCGCGCUUGUGUCGGUAUUCUUGUCUACACUGAUAGCUCGCAGAAAUCACAGGAUCUUGUGUAUUCAGUCAGGUUUGUUCUGUUUCUUUUUUAGUGUUUGUUGCAAGUGAAUGUUUCAGCUGUGAUGACGGUACGUCAAGUACCGGAACUCCGUCAAGAAUGGUUGUUUGUGGACAAGGAUCUUGUGCCAGUACAACAACUUCAACCACCAUCACUUCGACAGCGAAACCCUCCAGUACCACCACUUUGCUGACUUCAACACUGCCUUCAUCUACAAGUGCAGUGACCUCCACAGUGAAACCAAGCAGCACGUCGUUGGGAACGUCUUCUAGUACAGGCAAUCCUUCAACAGGAGCUCCUUCAAGCAGUUCGACAGGCGCACCGAGUACUACCGCGAAAGGCUCUUCGACAACUGCUCUCUCGACUUCUACGAAGGGCGGAUCAUCGAUUGCAUCGACACAAUCAAGCACAGCCGUAUCCUCAACGAUCCAAACGAGCACAACUCUAAAGGCCUCAUCCACUACGAGCAUUUCGUUAACAACCGCUGCUUCCUCCACACAAUCGAGCACUUUGGUUUCUUCGACUACAAUGAAACCAACUUCUGUCUCCACAACGACUGGCUCAGGAGGUUCUGGAACGUGCUCUGGAGACUGUCAGGAAGGUUGGUUCAAGACUGUCAGAGGAGGACAGAUCUUCUGUAUUCAUGUAAGAAAUGGGCGGUUAAAUAAAUCUUCUAAUCAAAUUUUCAGCUGUUCUAUCAUAAUAGCGGUAGCUAUACAGAGGCCAGCGACUACUGUGUCGAUGAGUACAGCGCUGUUCUUACUGGACCGGACACAAAUGACGAGUACAACUACAUCAUCGGACAGGCGUACACUCAGUCCGAUGUUGUCGAUGGAAUGGAUUCUGGACCGUACGAGAAGGCGAUGAUUAUCAUUGGCGCCCAACGAACAUCUGCUUGCACAGCGAACAACGGGUCCACGGAUCCACAGUGUGCUCUUCCACAAGGUUUUGUUUGGAUGGACGGACUGGGGCAAACGUCUAACACCUUAUUCAACCAACAUUUCAAUCCAGGAGGCGUCGAGACGUGAGUGUUUUGAUACAACGGAUAGAAACAUUUCAAAAACUGAAUAUUUCAGGUCCACCGAGAGCGUUCGGGCUUGCGUUGGAAUUCUUGUGUACCAUAACAGCUCGUGGAUGUCGCAAGAUCUGGUUUACUCGAUGAACUGUUCUGAUGCCACUUCCAGUAACGGAACGCCGGCCAGGAUGUUAGUGUGUGGAAAGGGUCAGUGCUCGAGCACCACCACAGCAACGACUGCCACGUCGACAACAGUAAAGCCAACUAGCACUCUGAUCACUUCGACCAAUUCGAAGCCGUCUAGUACAGUAGUAUCAACUUCGACUGCAGUUCCUUCCACUACUACGGCGAAGCCUCCUUCAAGCUCAAGUACGGCUGCACCUUCAACAACAUCGCUGACGUCCACUACCAUUUUCAGUAGUACCUCAAUCAAACCAUCCAGCACAGUUGUGACGUCCACUGCCACUCCUUCCACGAGCUCCAGAACCACCACAGCGCUGUUGUCCACGAAACCUGGGUCCACUUCGACCCCAUCCACAACAACUGCGACAAGCACAACAGUCAAGCCAUCGAGCACUGUUGCCAGUUCAACCACUCUUCUCACAACUAUCCUGACCUCCACCGCCACUCCUUUUGCAUCGACUACUCGACUGACAAGCACUUCGACUCCGUCCACAUCAACCCUUCCAACAACCACACUGACCACUACCACUCUGCCACCAACGACAACAAGUACGUUACGUUAGGCGCUCUGUUCAAUUACUUUGUUUGCAGAAACUUGUGCAAACGCGAGCAUGAUCUGUGCCACUGGCUGGACUCUUUCGCAACGUUCGAGCACUCGCAGAGUGUGUCUCAAAGUGGUCAACGGCUACAAUAUGACGUACGACGAGUCGGAUGCUCUUUGCCAAUCCCAGAGCAGCGACGCGUACCUCUCUGGAAUUGACAAUGUGACCGAGUAUAACACUGUCGUCGGUUUGGCGCAGUCAACAGUGAACUACACGACGAGCACCAAUGAACAAAUCGUGGUUACGAUUGCUUUGAAGAGACGAACCAUUUGUCUGGCGUACACCGACGACGAGGAUUGCUCCGUGUUCAAGGUGUUGUCCGCGAUGUUUGUUUGUUUGCUCAAGAACUCUCGUUCCAGGCGUAUGUGUGGCAAGAGUCCAGUGUUCAAUAUCAGAAGAUUCUCGAUGCGACUCCAAGUUUGUUCGCCGACGGGCAGCCCGCAACGUGAGUUCUCAGGAGGCUGCAACAAAACAACAACGACGGCCUUUUAGAAACGGAACAGUUCCAAUGGAAUGCGUGGGUAUUAUGGUCUCUGUUGACGGUUCGGCCAACGCGAAUAACGGACUCAUGUACUCGACCUACUGUACGAGCGGCGAGCAGAGCUCUGGAAUGAGCAACGCGGCUCUGUGCGCCCGUCCUCCAGAUGUUUGCCCUUGA